AUGUUUAGAAUUCCUUCAACUUCUCUUGGAAUCCCAUUCCAUGUCCUCCUGCUCUCCCUGUUCUUACUCUUGCUGGGGAACUCGCAAGCCAGGAGCUUAAAAGAAAAAGAACAAGAGAUUCUACUGAAAAUGAAGCAAGAAUGGAGGAAUCCACCAUCCCUCAGCUCUUGGAAUUCAUCAACCAGUCACUGCAGCUGGACGGGAAUUUCCUGUGUCCAAGGUUUCAUCACCCAUAUUUCACUCUUUAACAUGAGCAUCACAGGAGCAAUUCCACUACCCAUCGCCAAUCUCAGGAACCUCACCUACAUUGACUUCUCCUACAACUAUAUGACUGGGGAAUUCCCAGCCGUACUCUACAGUUGUUCCAAGCUUCAGUAUCUUGAUCUCAGCCACAACAGAUUUGCUGGCGUUAUUCCAGACGAUAUCCAAAGCCUUUCUGGUCUCAUGUUCCUCAAUCUUGGCUUCAACAAUUUCUCAGGACAAAUCCCAGUGGGAAUUGGACGAUUAGUGGCAUUGCAGGCGCUCUAUCUUGAUUCUAACAAGUUUAAUGGAACCUUUCCGGUAGAAAUCGGCAACUUAUAUAACCUGGAAGAACUGUACUUGUCUCAUAAUGAGUUUGAGCCGUCAAGGAUCCCAUCGGAAUUCACUCAGUUGAAGAAGCUUGUUCUUUUGGAUAUCUCAAAUACCGGUCUGAUUGGAGAAAUUCCACAUUCAAUGGGUAAUCUGUCACAACUUGAACUUUUGAAACUUUCAUACAACAAUUUGAACGGAACGAUCCCCGAUAACUUGUUUCAGUUGAAUAAACUGAAGUUUUUGUUUCUUGGUAGUAAUAGAUUGUCUGGAGAGAUCCCAUGGUCAAUAGGUAAUCUGACGGAUAUUGAAUGGUUGGUUCUCCAGGAAAACAAAUUGAGCGGGACUAUCCCUGCUGACAAUCUGUUUCAGUUGAAGAAACUGAAAACUUUCUCUCUUUUUAAUAACAGAUUGUCCGGACAUAUCCCACAAUCAAUCGGUAAUCUGACAGAGCUUGAAUGGUUGACUCUCUCAAAAAACAAAUUGAAUGGGAUGAUUCCUAGUAAUUUGUUUGAAUUAAAGAAUCUGCAGCUUCUGUCUCUUCAUACCAACAGAUUGGCUGGAGAGAUCCCACAAACAGUCGGCAAUGCGACAGAGCUGCUUGGCCUCGAUCUCAGGCACAACAAGUUGAGUGGGACAAUCUCCGGAAAUUUGUUUCAGCUGAAGAAACUACAAGAAUUGUAUCUUUCUAAUAACAGAUUGUCAGGAGAGAUUCCACAGUCAAUCGGAGGCGUGAUGGAGCUCAAAAUAUUGGACCUCUCCGAGAACAAUUUGAACGGGACGAUCCCAACUAAUUUAGUUAUGUUAAAGAAAUUAGAGAUUUUGAUUCUUCAUCAGAACAUAUUAUCUGGAGAGAUACCACAAUCAAUCGAUAAUUUGACAGAGCUCAACACCUUGGAUCUCUCGCACAACAAGUUGAACGGGACGAUCCCCAGAAAUUUGUUUAAGUUGAAGAACCUACAAAAUUUGCAUCUAGCUGAGAACAGCUUGUCUGGAGAGAUCCCACGACAAGUUGAGGCUUUGAAUUUGAUCAGAAUUUAUCUCUACAACAACAAUUUGACGGGUACAAUUCCAGAAGACUUUGGGAGAUUGAACAAGUUGGAGAUCUUAUCUUUGCAUUCUAACCAGUUACACGGAGAGAUAUGA